AUAGGCGUUCACACAAGGGUAGAGCCAUUGUAUUGCAGCACUGAGAGAGGUGUUCCAUGCGAAAAUGUUUCAGACACAAACGUGUCACAGACGUGUUUAAGGCGCUCGGCUGGAGCACAAGAUUUGCAAAAAAAAUCGACUGCUACACGGGAAAUAGCAAGCUAGUCUGGCUAAUGUUAGCUGAAUCAUCGUAACACACAAGUAGGUCCUUUCUCUCAAGUGGACCUCUGGAGCUGUUGAAAAGAAUAAUCAAACAACAAUACAUCGAAGAGAUGCUCCAGUUUUGGAUUAAAAAGAAGAUUGUAAUGCGGACGUCAUAGUUCCAUUGAGAAUUAGACUCUUCUGUGACAGAACCUCUUGAUACUGGGAAAGAUAACACAAGAAUGAGGAGGUCAAUUUGUCAUUGUGACAACCUUACUUCCAUUCUUCGACGAUUCCAAGGUCUCUCGUGUCCUUACCUCGAUUGCUGACGGGAUAGAACAUCUUAUGCAAGAUAUAUCUGAAAAUCGUAAAACAUUUCAGUUCAACGCCUUAUUUGUAUGUAAUGGGCACAGACGUUGUUAGCUAGUGAGCACGUAAACGUUAGCUGCUUCCACUAGCCCUAUGGCAAAAUAUGUCAGUUGAGUUUGCCAGAUAACCAGGGACAGUGGUGUUUUGUUUGUGAAUAAGGAACGCUAACUGACAUCAUGUAGUUUGACAGAGUUGACAUACGAGGGCCUGUAACUCAAUAAAAACAUUAGCUUUUCUGGCUGGUGACUUGAUUACUAGCUAAUUGUGUCAUGAAAUGACAGCGGGACGCUGCCCAUUAUGCCACCUUGAUUGACAAACAUUGAGUACAGUAUGAAUAUCAGAAGGUAUCUAUAAAUAGUAAAGCCAAGGUGCUAAGUAAGACAUCCACAGUGCAUCGCUUCCAAAGCUAUGAUACAUUAUACAGAGCUUCAGAAUAGAUUAAACUCGCGACCUAUCUUGUAGUCGCUCAAUGGCCAAAUAACAUCAGUGAGCUCAGUGAAAACCGAGCAGCCAAGCAUCAUCAUCUAUAACGUGCUUCUUUCCUCGGACACUGAUUAAAACAUGGAGACGGUGGGAGACUUUGAAUAUAGCAGAAAGGACCUAGUUGGACAUGGGGCUUUUGCCGUCGUUUUCAAAGGACGACAUAAAAAAAAGAUCGACUGGGAAGUUGCCAUCAAGAGCAUUAACAAAAAGAAUCUCAGCAAGUCUCAGAUUCUGCUUGGCAAGGAGAUAAAAAUUUUGAAGGAGCUUCAGCAUGAAAACAUUGUUGCCCUCUAUGAUGUACAGGAAACGCCAAACUCAGUGUUCCUGGUGAUGGAGUAUUGCAAUGGAGGCGAUCUUGCAGACUACUUGCAAGCCAAGGGAACCCUGCGCGAGGACACGCUGAGGAUCUUCCUGCAGCAGAUCUCCGCCGCCAUGCGCAUCCUCAACAGCAAGGGCAUCAUCCACCGCGACCUCAAGCCCCAGAACAUUCUGCUCUCCUAUGUGGGACGCAAGAGGUCUAGCAUCAGCGGCAUCCGAAUCAAGAUCGCUGACUUUGGCUUCGCACGCUACCUCCAGAGUAACAUGAUGGCAGCCACCCUGUGCGGGUCCCCCAUGUACAUGGCCCCGGAAGUGAUCAUGUCCCAAAACUAUGAUGCCAAAGCUGACCUGUGGAGCAUCGGGACAGUCAUUUACCAGUGCCUGGUGGGAAAGCCACCCUUCCAGGCAAACAGCCCCCAGGACCUGCGCAUGUUCUAUGAGAAGAAUAGGACCCUGGUGCCAAAUAUCCCACGAGAGGCGUCUCCUCCACUGGCACACCUGCUGCUGGGCCUGCUGCAGAGGAACCAGAAGGACCGCAUGGACUUUGACACGUUUUUCAGCCACCCUUUCCUGGAGCCAGUGUCAGCCAUCAAAAAAUCCUGCCCGUUGCCUGUGCCCAACCUCCCUGGCUCUGUAUCAGACAGCUCCUGUGGCAGCUCGCCCUGUCGCUACGUCUCGCCUCCUUCGCUGCCGGACAUGCAGACGGUCCCGGAGGAUGUUCUGUCCUCGCCCCCCCUGGGCCCGCCCAACUACCUGCAGCUGUCCAAAGAGUCGGGGGGCAGCACCAGCAGCAAGAACUCCUCCUGCGACACGGACGACUUUGUGCUGGUGCCCCACCUCACGGGAGAGCUGGCCUACGACGUGCCCAUGGGAAUGGCAGGCCGCCGUCCGUCCAGUGAAUUCCUCCAGUGCGGCGGGCAGCAGCAGCCCACCCCCGGACAGCCCCCGAUGGUGUCGCCCCGGGCAGAGACCACCCCCAUCCCUGUGCCCACGCAGGUGCGCAACUACCAGCGGAUCAAGCAGAAUCUCUCCAGCAGUCCCACCACCACCCUCUAUGGCUCCCCCAGGUCGGGCACCGUGCGGCGCUCCAACACCAGUCCCAUGGGCUUCCCCAAAGUGGGCUCGGGGUCGCCCAGCUCGGCCGAGGUGACCCAGACUCUCGGCCGCCGCCUGUCCACCGGGAGCUCCCGCCCAUACUCGCCGUCCCCUCUCGUGGGCACAAUCCCUGAGCAGCUGGGACACUGCUGCUGCGGACACCCCCAGGGCCAUGAGGCACGUAGCCGCAGUUCCUCAGGAGGGUCCCCAGUGCCACCCUCUCAGCUGCUGGGAGCUCGUUUCCAAGGCAACCACACGCCCACCGACGCCUACCAGAACAAGCAGAGGCUACACAAGCAGCUCUCCGACCCUGUGCACCCCACUACCAACGCCUACCCCACCAGUCACUCCCCGCAGAUGGGUCGCCCCGGCAACCUUGGAACCUCCCCCACCAAACACCUGGGCUCCUCCCCCCGCACAUCUGAUUGGUUAACAAAAUCACCCUUGCCCACUAUCAUUGGCUCCCCCACAAAGACAACGGCCCCCUUCAAAAUCCCUAAAACUCAAGCUUCCUGCAACCUUAUGGCCUUGGCGGACAGCCCCACCCCUCCGAAAUCCCUGAUUGACCCUCGGGACCUCUGCGCCCACCACUGCUCCCCCGGCACUGGGGGGCGCCAGUCCGCCCCAGAGGCCAGCAGGACCACGUUUGGCAGGUCUGUGAGUACGGGCCGGCUGUCUGAGCAGCCCAUUCGCAUCACUCUGGGUGGCCAGCAGUACCAGGGCAGCACAGACAGCCUGAACACGGAGAGGCCCAUGGACACAGCCCCUGCAGGAUUGUACGCUUUCCCCCCUGGUGGGGCCAGUCCUCGCACCGUCCUAUUCACCGUGGGCUCGCCCCCCAACAGCGGCACCCCUCCCACCUGUAGUCACCUGGGCACCAGGCCGCGGACGACAUCAGUAGGCUCCAACAGCUCCGCAGGCUCCCUGUGCUCCACCAGCGGACGCAUCUACGUGGGCUCUCCGCCCGGCAUGGCAAUCGGCACCUCGCCCCCGGGAGCCGAGGCGGCCCCCAGUGGCGUCCGAUACGUCCCCUACGGCACCUCCCCGCCCUCCCUGGACGGCUUCAUCACGUUUGAGGCCCCCGAGCUGCCCGAGGAGACCCUCAUGGAGAGGGAGCACACGGAUACUCUGAUGCACCUGCGCAUGAUGCUCUCCUUCACCGACUGCGUGCUGGAGAUCGCAGCCGUGCGGGCGGGGGGGGCCGACCUGGGCGUGUCGGCAGCCUCGCUGUACCCCCAACACGAGAGCGUGGUGGUGGACCAGAUCAGCCAGCUCAGCAAGGAGUGGGGGCAAGUGGAGCAGCUGGUGCUGUACAUGAAGGCGGCCCAGCUCCUGGCCUCUUCCCUGCACCUGGCUAAGGCUCAGAUCAAAUCGGCAAAGCUCAACCCCUCCAGCGCUGUCAAGCAAGUGGUGAAGAGCCUGAAUGAGCGCUACAAGAGCUGCAUCUCCCUGUGCCGCCGCCUCACAGACAAACUCAACCACUUCUUCUCGGACAAGCAGCGCUUCGUGGACGAGAUCAACAGCGUCACGGCCGAGAAACUCAUCUACAACCACGCUGUAGAAAUGGUGCAAGCGGCAGCCCUGGAUGAAAUGUUUCAGCAGACAGAGGACAUUGCCUACCGUUACAAUAAAGCAGCCAUGCUGUUAGAGGGGCUCUCCAAGGUCCUGCAGGACCCUGCAGACAUUGAGAACGUCGCAAAGUAUAAGGCCAGUGUGGAUCGGCGGAUCUCAGCUCUGUGUUACUGCACAGUCACACUGUACGAAUAGGAGCGCUACAGCCACACCCAGAGAGAUGGACGCUCUCUCUCUCCCUCUCUCCUCUCCUCUCCUCUCCUCUCCCUGGACCGGGACCAUUCUCUGAUGCACUCACAGCAGCCAGAGGACAAGCCCACAUUCUCAUUUGUAGCAGUGCAAGCACUUUUCUUUAUUUUAUUUUAUUUUGUUUUGUUUUGUUUUGUUUUGAUUUUAGACUUUCUUUUUAGCGUUUUAGCGUUUUUCCCCAUAAAAUGUCACAGGUGCAAGAAGUAGUUUUUUUUUUUUUUCAGUGGCACAACGGACAGAUUUGCUUGUGCAAGAGCACAGGUUCACUACCAAAGAUGAAGACGACAGCAACAAUGGUGACUUUUUAGAAAGAGAGAGAGAGAGAGAGAGAGAGAGAGAGACAGAGGACUGGCACAUGAGUGAAAGAAGCUGUCUCCUUCACUUUCAGCAACUUUCAUCAUCUACUAAAGAACUGGUCGAAGAAGGAAAAAGAUCACAACUUUUAGCUUUUUAUUUUCUCUCUCUUUUUAUUACCGCAAACUUCAAUGGACAAAAAUAUGAGGGAAACGCAACACAGACUGAAAUCAAUGAUCAAGACUCAAGUUUUUAAUGCAAAUCACCUUGUUAUACAUAUUGUUUUUACUAUGUACUUUAUUCUGUUGCCAUUAUUUAUUGGUGUUUGUAAAGGUUUGCUGUUGGUAAAUGUUGUUACACCGGGCCAGAUUGCUUUGUUUUCCUGCAAGACAGAAAACAGUGUGCUUAUCUGACCUUUUAAAAUCACAUAGCUGUCAGACUGGCCUACACAACACAACUUCAUACACACACACACACACACACACACACACACACACACACACACACACACACACACAUACGUUCACAUGCACAUUCUCAAACCGACAUGCGCUGAAAUUGAAAUUCAUACACACCAAAUGCACUAAAGCUCACUUGGACAGGCAAACGACAUCAUCACAGCAGCAACCCUGAGGAGCAAAGGAACCUGUAGAUUUGUAAUUAGUCUUCUUCAUUGUUUUUACACAGAAGCACUUUAUCAAUGAUAAAUGAUAUAUAAUAUACAUAUGUAAUCAAUUAAACAUGGAGGAUACUUUCCCUGUAAUACUGGGAAUGUGAAGGCUGCGAGCUGAUUGGCUGGAGGAGUAAGGAGAGAGAUGUGAUUGGGUGGAUUCCUCCUGCUGCUCCCUCCUGCCUUCUCCAGUAUCUCUCAGCUCUCCCUCUCAUUACCUUCGGACCUGCAUGAGCGCUGUCACACAGAGCAGGUGUACACUUCCUCUCAACCCACACAUUUACACGUCAUCCAUAUCACUGGUGUUGUACAGGAUUAAAACAAUACCUUGGAGCUUAGUGAAGAUCAGAUGUUUUGUUGAGAACAAAACAAAAAAAAACUUUCUCAUAGGGGCUCAGUCCCACCAUGACUUGGACAAACAAAGGGUCAGACAAAAAGCGUGGUCAAAAUACUUGAGUAGUUACUUAAAAGAAAACUGAAACAUGCUUUAAAAAAAAUUAAAUAAAAAAAAACAAUGUCCGUAUUAAUACUGUAGCUAAUUUUUUCAGACAAUUUUGAUGUUUGCAACCUGUGUACAUAUUUGUAUGUUGUGCAUGUGGUUUGUUUUUCCUCUUUUUAUUAUAAUUUUUUUCUCGAGUGAGUGCGUGAGCACAUCGUGAGAAUGGAAUCGGCGAACAGAGACUUUGGUUGCCGUGCCUCACAUAAACAGCACAAUGUUUUUAUUUCACUUUUGUUGUUGUUGUUGUUUGUUUUGUAUGGAGAUUUGAUAUCUACCCUUUUACUGCCACGGGUUUUCCUCAAACUCAGAGGCCUACAUGAAAGGGAGAUACCUCUGGCUCAACAGCAUGGCAGCUUUAAACAUCUCCUCCUGUACUGCGACUCUUUGCCUGAGGUGCAGGAUGAGAUGAUCUUUAAGAAAUUCUCAAACAGUCAGUAUCAUAUGAAACUGGGCACGACUACCCAGCAUGCACCUGGAGUCCGCCAUGGAUGCUGGUCCGCUGUGCUCACUGUUGUAUUAGUAUAAUGGCACCUCUGAGGUGUGUGAAAGGCCAGUGACGUGACGUCUUGAGUACAUUGAGUGCUUUAGAAGGUAGUGCCCUCUCUCUGUACAUGUGUGAAUAAGCCCUGAUGUCCAUUUGCAGACUGGCUGUGGUGGGCCACGGGCCCUGAAGUGGUCUACUGUAUGUUCAAUAGACAUAUCAGAGCUCCUGUGAUGUGACUUUUCUCCUGUCCGACCCUUCUGAGCGCCAGUGCUCUACAAAAAAGCCUUUACAACCACACAGAGAAAGUAUGUCUUGCUCUGUGCUUUUUCUUAUGUAAUUUUACCAAAUCCUUGCAUAUCUCUGUAGUCUUAGGCCACACUCCUACCUUGUAUGUGUCUGAGGGGACUGGUGUACAGAGGAUGUAGUAUAAUAAACUGUUGGUACUGAGCACAUGGUGUACCUGUAGAGUUUGUAGAAUGUAUUAACCCUGUCAUUAUAGCGCCUUCCCUGCUCCAAUUGAAUGCAUAGAUUCCCAUGGUCAUGGUAAGAUACUAAGGAGACCAUCCGAUGCAACUGAAUUUCUAAGCUCCUGUUUUCAAUUUUAAAAAAUGUUGAUGUUUUAAUCGAUAAUGUGUGUUUCACCAGGGGCAUCUCUCUUUGUUCUGUAUGGAACUUUAGAAAUGCAGCCUUUGUUUAUUAAAAAGGAAAUUUGGAUCAA